CUACGUGUUCGGGCUGGUAUCCUUAACUUACAAGCAUCACGGGGAGAGGACGGGGAAAAAAGGGACAUUAGCCCUUUUCAUUAUCCGCCAUUAACGCCAACAUCGACCCAUCGAAGGUCUGUCAACUUGUUUUUUGUAAGACAUCAUUAUUUUUGUCCGAUGAAAUACAUAUUUGAAGUUGAGAGAGACGAGAGGAGGUGAUUGUCGGAUAUCUGAUAGGAUUUCUACUUUGCUAUUUUUUCUUCCACGCGCGGAUUAAGCAAACAGGUUUUUGACAAAAGUGUGGAAAAGUUGCAACUUCCAAGGAUCUUUAUGUUGGGAAUCAAAGAAGGUUCUUGAGCAAAGAAAAAGAGAAGUCAUCUUGAGAAUGGCGCUUAAGGCCAGGGUGUUGUACGACUUCAGCUCGGAGAACCAAGGGGAGAUCUCCAUUAGUGAGAACGAGAUGGUCACCCUGUUUAGUGAGGAAGAGCUGGAGGGCUGGUUGGAGGGGGAGAACAGUAGGGGGGAUGUUGGCCUCUUCCCAGCCUCCUAUGUGGAGAUCAUUAGGGAUCACAUCACCUCCAACAACAACAAUGGUUUCUCCUCUCCUAAAGUUGUCACCCCCACUCAUGUCACCUAUUCUCAGAAAGGACCCGAAGCAGGAAGUUUUGGCAGCGGGGGAGGCAGCUUCCAUACCAGCCAGGGCAGCGAUGACGACUGGGACGACGAAUGGGAUGACACUUCUCCAGCAACGGACACCCCCAGGGGACUGGGUACCUCACCGCAUUCCUUGUACCCUGUGACCACCUCCCUUCCGGGCAGACGCAGCAGCUCGCAGCAACCUCAGGCGAAGAGCUCAGCAACGGUGGGAAGGAACCUUAACAGGUUCUCCACCUUUGUCAAGUCUGGAGGUGAGGCCUUCUUGCUCGGGGAGGCGGCCGCUUUUGUUAGAGAUGGGGACAAGAUCUGUGUGGCAAUGGGCAAGCACGGACCCGAGUGGCAGGAGGACCCGUACCCCUUCACCUGCAACAUUGAUGACCCCACCAAGCAGACUAAGUUCAAAGGCAUGAAGAGCUACAUGUCUUACGGCCUGACCCCGACACACACCAACGUUCAAGUCAACCGUAGGUACAAACAUUUCGACUGGCUCUACGCUCGGCUGGUGGAGCGCUUUCCUGUCAUCUCGGUGCCACAUCUCCCAGAGAAACAGGCAACUGGGCGCUUUGAGGAGGACUUUAUUUCUAAGCGAAGGAAAGGCCUCAUCUGGUGGAUGAAUCACAUGACCAGCCACCCUGUGCUGGCCCGCUGCGACGUCUUUCAGCAUUUCCUCACAUGUGGGGCAGAUGAGAAGGCCUGGAAACAGGGCAAGAGGAAAGCAGAGAGGGAUGAGUUGGUCGGGGCAAAUUUCUUCCUCACGAUCAGCACGCCGGCUGUCCCACUUGACCUUCAGGAAGUGGAGAGCAAGAUCGAAGGCUUCAAGACCUUCACUAAGAAGAUGGACGAGAACAUUGUGCUCGUCAACACCACUAUCAAUGAAUUUGCACGCAAGCAGAUGUCAGGAUUCAAGAAAGAGUACCAGAAAGUGGGACAAUCCUUCAAACUCCUCUCACAGGCAUUCGAGAUGGAUCAGCAGGUCUUCUCGGCAGGUCUGAACAAGGCCAUCGCGUAUACUGGUGAUGCCUAUGAGGCCAUAGGACAGUGUUUUGCAGACCAACCACGUCACGACCUGGAUCCCAUUUCUGAUCUGCUGGAUCUCUACAGAGGACACCUGGCCAACUUUCCUGACAUCAUCCAUGUGCAGAAAGGUGCGCUGACCAAGGUGAGAGAUUGUCCCACGCUGGGGGGCGAGCUCCACGACCGCUGCAACAUCAUCUCAUGCGCCACAUUGGCCGAGAUCCAGCAUUUCCACCGCACGCGGGUCAGAGAUUUCAGAGGGCAGAUGCAGCACCACCUACGACAGCAGAUCGGAUUCUUCCAAAAAAUCACUGCCAAGCUGGAGGAUGCGCUCCAGAGGUAUGACAGCGAGCAGUAAAAUGAGAGCGGUGGAAUAGACUGGAGAGCAGAUGGGGUGACGGAUGAGCUCAUCCUGCGGAAAUGGAGCAUCAUUGACCGCACGUAGAGACUUUUGACAUGGAUUAUAAUGGGAAAAACAUUAUUAAAUAAGGCAUGUACAUGUGGAGACAUUAGAACAAAUGUGAUUUUCUCAAUGCUCGCAGUGCAUUACACAACUCAGCAAGACUAGAAAUUAAUAUAAUGGGUGGGGCUCUAUGGAUGGGUUUCAGCCUUUACGUUGUAUUCAUUAAGCAUUCAUCAAUCUAAUGACUGAAUAAGUGUUCAUUCUACAUCUUGCUCACCAAUUGAUUGUUUGGAGAAUGACGCAAAAACUACAAAAAAAGUUUCAAAAUUGUUUCUAACUUUUGUUAAAAUUUCAACUUCUGCUCUGCUAAGAACUUGUGAAAAAACUGAACAUGGGGUUGACUCCAGCAGGAAGAACAGAAUGGAAAUGAUGGUUAUUUGUAUGUUGUGUUAAGAAGCAGCUCUACAACUUUAAUGAACAUCAUAGAUCUGAAUAAGAACCAUUUUAACAGAGUGUCUCAUCCAUUCGGUGUAAGUCAGGGGUGUCCAAACUUCUACCAGCCAAGACCGAAAACUGAAAAAUUAAAUAAUUAUUUUGUACAUUAAAGAUGCUAAAACCAAGCCAAUAUAUGUUAAGCGUAGCUGUGAAGGAAACAUUGAUAUCAUAGCGUUUGUGUUGUAGGUGGCGAGGUAAAUAGGUCUAAGUGAAUAUCUAAUAUUUAUUAUUGAUAAUUAAUUAAUGUCAUAUUCAGCAUAUGCCAAGGGACACUAACACUCCACUUUGGACACCCCUAGUGUAAGUUUUUCAUUGCAAUGUUUCAGUAAAAUAUUCCGUUUGUUCUAAAUAACUGAUAUUAUUAUUGAUGCUUCUCACUUUAGUUUUGUUGAAUAUUGUUAUUUUCACAAUGCUAUGAAUAAACCCAUUGAUGUUUUGUUUAAA